AUGAGCACGUUGAAACGAGUGCAAGAUGCGUUGGAGGAGAUCAAAAAGGAGAUGGGCCCAAAAUUCACCGAGACGCUAACGGGUGCCUUGAAAGAGCAAGCCAUCGAAAGGAUAAACCGGGUACUGGACUACACGAUUCACGGAGGCAAGUUUGCAAGGUCUUGCCUCGUCCUCAACACAUUUCUGGCGCUGAAAACCGACGCCAAAGAAGAGGAGAUCAAGAAAGCGGCGAGGAUCGCGGUUGUGAUGGAAAUUGUAAGUAUUUUCGGAUUUUUGCUUUGAAAUUUAGGUAAAGCAACACUAAAAUGGACCAAAAGGUGAAAGAGAUCUUCUGUGAGCUGAUAGGAAUAGAGGCAUAUCCAAUUUUUGACUUGAUCACCUUUGUUUUACCUGUUUUAUUUCAAAAUUCCAUUAAAAUCUACCUAAAAUAAUAUUUCUCCUCAAAAUCUCACUUUUUCUUUUGAAAUCGUUACCACUUUGCUUUCUAAAUUACCAGAAUAUUUCCCACGAUGACUGACCUUUUAAUUAACCCAAGUUUCGAAAGCUCUGAUAUUAUUCAUCGCCGCGUUUUUUUUACAAAGAGCAAAACAAAAAGUCCCCCUUCGAAGCGCUGCCCGCUUUGAGCCGAAAGAAGAGAGCCGUGGACGUGUCCUCGGUAGUAUAGUGGUAAGUAUCCGCGCCUGUCACGUGCGAGACCCGGGUUCGAUUCCCGGCCGGGGAGGAAACGUUUUUGCUCUUUUUUUAUAGUAAAAUUACAACGAGUAAAAUAAAGCAGAGGAUGUUAUAAUUUCACAGAGGCCUAAAUUUAGUUCUGCUAUGCAUUUUGCUCAAUUUUAUUAGCUUUUCUUUCAGUUACAAUCCUUUUUCCUCAUUGUGGAUGAUGUAAUGGACAAUGGUGAAGUUCGAAGGGGAAAACCGUGCUGGCAUCGGCUGGUAAGUAGCUCAAUAUGCUCUAGGAUACUCAAUAAGAAUAUUUUACGUUCUGAUUUUGACUGUUUCAGCCGAAUAUUGGACUGGUAGCAAUAAAUGAUGGCCUAAUGUUGGAUCAGAUGAUAGAUCUCAUAGUCAGAGAGACAGUGCCAACCCAUCCUCGAUUAUACGACAUGCUCAGGUUUAUUUAUGAGGUAAGCGAACUUUUCGUUUUGUUUUUUUUCACAUUUAGACACCUUUUUUGGAGGCUCAUUGCUCUGAUACCUACUAUAAUAUACCUCAAAUUCCAGACGAAACGGCGCUCCGUUCUCGGCGAACUCUUCGAUACGACCUCAAAAACCCUUGACGAAUGCACAUUCGACCGAUACGAACAAAUCAUUCUGCAUAAGACGACAUAUUACACUUACAUUUUACCUAUACAAUUGGGCUUCUCACUCGCAAAUCGUGACGAUUUCGACGAGCUUUUACCCGUAGCGGAACGGCUUGGCCUUUUAUUCAGCGCUUUGGUAAGUUUGCACACCGAUUUUGAGCAAUUUGGAGUUUUCCAUGUUUUCGUGGUGAGACCCAAAAAAAUUUCCAAUUUUUUCAGGAUGACUAUUUGGACUGUUUCGGUGACCCCGCGCUGACCGGCAAGACAAUUAUGAACGAUCUGGUGGAAGGGAAAUGCACUUGGAUCACGUGCACCGCCUUAGGGCUUCUUCAAACUCCCGAAAACUCGAAGACCCUGGCGGACUUUGAAAAGGCCUUUGGAAACGCCGAAAAACGAUAUGUAAAUCGAGCCCUAGAGAUCCUCAAGUCCUUGAAAAUCGAUCAACUCUAUGAGAAGUAUGAGGCGGAAGAGAGGAACUCGUUGAAACAGCAGAUUUCCACGCUGAAAAAUAAGGAAAUCCAGCCGAUCCUAGAGGAAUGUGUGGAUUUCAUUAUAAAUCUCAGUCGGAAAAUGCGAAAAACCAAAGAAUAA